AUGUGGUCCACGGUGCUCAUAGUCGGAUACCUCCGAGUUUGUUUGCGGGGACAGCAGAAGUCUGACUCUGACAUUGGGCUGAGUCACGUCGAAUCAACCCGGGAAGCGACCGGUCUUGUUGGCUUCGACUUGUUUUUCUACUGUACGUGGAUCGGCUACAUGAAUUCAUUCAUGAAUCCAAUCAUUUACACGAUUUUCAACACCGAAUUCCGUCGUGCGUUUAAGUCGAUUCUCAUGGGCAAAGGUGGCCGAGGAGGUCUGCAAAAAGCUUUUCUCCAAAAGCAGGUUCAAGUCUGA